GUAGACUUCUAUCAUCUUAUUGUUCCGUUUUAUCUUUUCUUUUAAAAGGCUUUGUAUAUCGUGCGGAAACUUAAUUAUGCGGAUUGAAUUUUGAUUGAUCCAACAAAGAUGCAGAUCUGAUCGCUUUGUACUAGUUUAAUCUAUCAUUACUAGUCUAAAUGCAAGAAUGGUUAUUAUGUGAAGUUUGAGGUUUUAAUUGAUCUUUUGUCUCUUCAGAUGUUUAUAUGAGUUGUUGAAGAAAAUGGGAGAGUCUAAGGGAUACGGGAAAGGAGGACGAGUGAUUCCAAACGCUAAGUCUGCAAAUUCUUACAACGUCUCUCUUCAGUUGUCUCCAGUUGUUUCCUUUUGGGAUUGUAUUGUUCGCACCAUGAGGUAUUCCUAUAUACCCGAGUGGGUGUAGUAGUAGUUCUUGACAUCCUUCUACUACAGCAGCCAGUUUUAGUUCAGUUAUUUUUAGUUAAAGAGUUAUAUAUAGAGCAAGCAAGUAUGGAUCACGUUGUGUGCAAGCAAGUUCAACCACUAGCUAGGAAAGGGAAGAAGAAACAUAAUGGUAAAGAUGAAUUCGAUCGUGUCAAACAAGCUGAGAAGAAGAAGAGACGUCUUGAGAAAGCUCUUGCUACUUCUGCAGCCAUCCGGGCUGAGCUGGAAAAGAAGAAGCAGAGGAAACUUGAAGAGCAACAGAGGUUAGAUGAAGAAGGUGCUGCAAUAGCAGAGGCUGCUGCUCUGCACGUCCUACUGGGCGAAGAUUCUGAUGAUGGUUUCAUGCUUGGAGAGGGAAAGUGUUGCAAGAUUGAUCUGUUUAGAGGUGAAAGAACAAACUAUGUUCCUCGCCAGAGUUGCGCAAGCUAUGCGGUUCAAGGAGGGAUUGGGUUUCAGACGAACGGUUAUGGACGUGGAGAUAGUAACUGGUCUGUGCCAUACAAUCCAUCCAUGAGGGGUGCUUGGGAUAACAACAACAACAUGGGAAUAUCUGCAGAUUUGAUUGCUGCUCAGGUAGUCUCUUCCCUGCACAUAUCUGAGAACAAUGAUAGGAACGCUUUUGUCUUCAAUAGGAUGUUCCAGGGAUGAUAAUUCAGCUGCUAUUAUUACUUAAUUCGCAUGUUAUUUAUUAUGCUUUCUUUUCGUGUAGCACUGCAAAGUGCGUUCUGAGUUGUAUACAUCAAUACCCAAUGUCAUACCUCAUUUGUAACUACUUGUGUCACAUUUUUCUAAAAGCAGUAUGAAUAUGUUGAAGACUUGCCAGUAA